GGCACUGUUACGCUGAGGGUUUAAAACAGUGCUAAGGGUUGUCGAUUGCGAUAAAUUUCUAAAUUAUUGAUCGGCCUGUUGACCACGACGCCUGUUUACCUACUACGUCCAACAAAAUCCUAAUCUGAUGCAAUCAUCCCGCCUUGAACUAUCUCCUUUAACAAAAGAGCAUGUAGCAGGAUACUUCUCUGUUGUUUCUGACUUUGAAUUUGCAAAAUGGAUGAUUGAUCACCCCUGCGGCUCGCUACAAGAAGCCGAAGUUUGGAUGUCUUCUAUGUUGCCGGGUGGCAACCCUACACAAGAAACAUAUGCAAUCCUCCUCCGCUCCGACCUAGAAUCGAAUACAAUUGAUGGGUGGAAUUUGAAUUGCGCCGAAGCCGAAGAUAGAAGCAGUAUUUUUGUACCCGGGGGAUUUAUUGGAUUCAUCGGUGCCUACACACUUCAUAAAGUGCCGGAAGUCUAUUAUGGUAUCCAUCGGUCGGCAUGGGGACAUGGCUUCGCAACUGAAGCCUUACUCGCCUAUACAGAGUUGUUUUGGCUGAUUCACCCUGAACAUUUUCGAAUGAUGGCACGUUGUGAUCCUGAGAAUGUAGCCUCAGGCCGGGUUCUAGAAAAGUCGGGUUUUGAAUACUACGAUUUUAUCUAUGGGGAUAGAUUUCAACCCUGGAGAAGACCUGCAUUACGGGACGGUCUACGAUUUGUCUUGUUUAGAUCUGGGUACAAUCUUUUCGCGGAUUAGACGCCUAUGUCUAGAUGCUGGUGGACCACGUUGAACGUGCCUCUGGAGACGCAUUGGGAUAUUAAAAUCCAAUAAAUACUCUAUAGGUUGAGGAUGAUGAGCCGGUUUGACAUUUUUAUAUAUUUUUACGUAGUUUCCCCAAGCUGUACAAUUCAGCUGGUGAUGGGAUUUCAAUUCAUAGCAUCUGCACCUCUGUACC